AUGCACCGAGGUGAGUGGAUCGGCGGUUGGCGCAUGCAUCAUCCCCCUCCUCCCUUUCUCCCCCUCCCCAUUCGCCAUCUUUCUCAUCAUCUCUUCCCCUGCACAUUUAACCCCCAACACGCAGGUGGGCAUGGACCACUUCCUGACCAAGCCGGUGCGGUCGAGCGAGCUGGAUGGGCUGCUGCAGCAGGGGAAGCAGCGAAAGUCCCUGUGGGCAUGGACCACUUUCUGACCAAGCCUGUGCGGUCGAGCGAGCUGGACGGGCUGCUGCAGCAGGUGGAGCGACGAAAAAUGAUGCUGGAGCAGCGCGAGGAGCAGGAGAGGAGAGCAGAGGAGGAGAGGAGGGAAGAGAAGGGAAGUGGGGAGAACAGAGGGGAGGAUGGAGGAGUGGAAGGGGCACCUCCGUAA